AUGGGCCAACGAAUUGUACAAGUUAUUGGAAAGGAAGUUUUGGAAAUUAUAAAUAAAAAAUAUAAAAAUCCUGUAGCUAUUCCGUACAAAAAGGAACUGGCAAACGAUAAAUUGGACGAUUUGUUAGAAGAAUUUCCAGAAAAAUUAGCACUGCUUAGAAUCGACAAUUACUAUCAUAUGGAUUUCGAUAUUACGCAGGAUUUUGUAGGCGUAUUUAACAAAACGGAAAUGACUCGUUUUCUAACUGACAAUCACGAUUUUUGGAACCGAGGAGAGUACGACGAUGGCAGCAAUAUAAUUAUAGAUAAUAACAAAACAGUUGGUAUAGACUGUUUAACAUGGCUAAAUUCGAAUGCCAAAGUUAAAAUGUAUAACAAAUUUGUGUGCCAAAUUACCAAUCCUGGAGUCAAUAAACAGAUCGGAAACCAUAUUAUCGACUUUAUUGUCCAGAUGCCCGUCUAA